CUUGCUCCGCUUGCUCGCCCUCCUCUUCUCUCAGUUCGCCGCCGAGCGCCUUCGCGUCCAGUCCGCACGGCUCCGGCUCGCCGCUCCAACCGUCGUUCGCGUCUCUGCGAUCGCGCUCGCCGGCGACGAAGGCAACCUCGUGCACGCCAACCCUCCCGCCUUCAACCACCUCCCCGUUGUCAGCCCUGUGUGUGUGUGUGUGUGUGUCGCGCGGAUUUAAUCAGUGUCGUGUGUCCUUUGUGAGUGUGUGUGUGUGUGUCUUUCCCCGGAUCACGGCCAAGAUGAAGUUCUCCGCACAGCACGCCGUACUGGCGACGUUCUCCGUCUUCGCAGUGUGGAGCUGCCUGGCGCGCGCCAACGAGAUGUGCAGCCAGGAGAUCGUGAUGGGCUGCGCGCAGCCCUUCAGCCUGCUCACGGACAACAAGGAGAUGGCCAUGUUCCGCAGCAGGGCGGACCUCGACCGGAUAUGCCCGAAGCUGACGGAGGGCGUGCUGUGCAUCGACCGCUUCACGCGGCUCUGCAUGAACCAGCAGCAGCGCGCGCACUUCCACCAGCUGUACCACGGCACCAGCGAGGUCAUCCACGACCUGUGCCAGGACGGCGAGUACAGGGAAGAGUUCCUGCGCCACGCCCCCUGCAUGAGUGAGGUGCGCAACGACCACGAGGUGUGCUCCAACGUGUACCAGGAGCGCAUGGCCCAGAUCGAGCAGAAGACCAAGCUUCGGACGGCGCGCCACUCGCAGCACCACCACAACCACAACCACCACUACCGCCACCACCACAACCACACGGCCGCCGAGGAGGACCUGGAGAAGCAGCAACACGAGGACGACCUGCGGACGCUGUGCUGCUCCUUCCAGGACUACCUCCGCUGCUCGCAGUCCGUGGUGGAGGACAAGUGCGGCGAGGAGACGGCGCGGUUCGCGCACGGCUUCAUGGACAGGAUGGCCCAGUCGCUGGUCACGAGCCACUGCCAGGCCUACCCUCCCGGCUCGGAGCUGUGCUACGACUUCUCUCCCGCCGCGCGGCCGCUGUCGUCGCGGUGGCACUCCUUGGUGCCCGUGGCGCUGGCGCUGCUGGGCCUGGUGUCCGCGUCCUCCAGGCGGUGACGGGCGCCCCGGCCGC